AUGUGUUGCAACUACUACAGUGGUUAUGGCUCAGGCUAUGGCUGUGGCUAUGGUUCUGGCAAUGGCUGUGGUUAUGGCUCAGGCUAUGGCUGUGGCUAUGGCUCAGGCUAUGGCUGCUAUGGCUGUGGCUAUGGCUCAGGCUAUGGCUGUGGCUAUGGCUCAGGCUAUGGCUGUGGCUAUGGUUCAGGCUAUGGCUGUGGAUAUGGCUCUCUCUAUGGCUCAGGCUAUGGAUGUGGCUAUGGCUCUGGCUAUGGCUGUGGCUAUGGCUCAGGCUAUGGCUGUGGCUAUGGCUCAGGCUAUGGCUGUGGCUAUGGUUCUGGCUAUGGCUGUGGCUAUGGCUCCCUCUAUGGCUCAGGCUAUGGCUGUGGCUAUGGCUCAGGCUAUGGCUGUGGCUAUGGCUCAGGCUAUGGCUCAGGCUAUGGCUGUGGCUAUGGCUCUGGCUGCUGUGGCUACAGGAGAUGCUAUUCUUCUUGCUGCUAG